AUGUCCCUCAAAAUGGCUUCUCCACUUUAUCUGAUCUUUCUGUUCAUGAUCUCAGGAGCUCUUGGGAAUGAAUGGAGUGUGAAAUACAGCCAACUAAAUCUCUGUGCUUUAAAAGGAUCUACAGUGUUUAUGAACGGCACUUACACACACCCAGCACGUCUUACAGUGAUGAACAGGUUUUGGGUAAUAAACCCAGUUCCAGGUAUAGAGCCGACUGAUCUGCGUAAUGAAUCAGGUUACUCAGGCAGAGUGGAGUAUUUAGGAGAUGAACAGAAUCACUUCUCCCUCAGACUGAGUGAUGUGAAGAAAACAGAUGAACACAUGUACUGCGUCAGAGUCAUAACAAAUGAUCAAAAAGAACGAUGGAUGGGUGAACCCGGAGUUACACUCACUGUUACAGAUCUUCAGGUGAUCGCUCCUGCAGCAGUGACAGAGGGACAAUCAGCCGUUCUGACCUGUAAAACCACCUGCAGUCUGACUGAUCCCACAUUCAUCUGGUACAAAAACAGACGUGGUUUAACCACAAAGACCACCAAGAGCAAUAAAGUCCACCUGCAGCGGGUCAGCAGUGAGGAUGCAGGCAGUUAUAGCUGUGCUGUAAGAGGAUAUGAACAUCUCCGCUCUCCUGCUCAAACCCUCAGUGUCAGAUAUUCUCCAAAGAACGUCUCAGUGUCCAUCAGCUCCUCUGGUGAGAUAGUGGAGGGCAGUUCAGUGACUCUGACCUGCAGCAGUGAUGCUAACCCACCUGUGGAGAACUACACCUGGUUUAAGGAGAAAGAAUCAUCACCUGUAGGAUCUGGACAGAGUUACAGACCUCUACAGAGUGGACAGUACUACUGCGAGGCUAAGAAUAAACACGGCUCUGAGAGAUCAGCUGCAGUGUCCGUCACUUUAAACGGUUUCUAUCAUGGUUCUUUGAUUGUGUAUGUGGCUGUUGGAGUUGGACUUUUUGGGCUUGCAGCUCUUCUCUCUGCACUCUUCUGGCUGAGAUGCAAGAGAAAGAAGAAAAAGGAAGAUGAUGGUGACUAUCAGACCGCUGGGCCGAGUGCUAAAGACGACACGUACGCAGCUCUCGAUCUCGCAGGCCGGACAGCUGAUGAUGUGUAUCACACACUUGCAAGGCUGACGUCAGGGAGGAAGACAAGAACAAACCUCUGCCCAUUGACCUCCACCCCGUUUGAGAGUGACCACUGUGCCCUCUACGUCCCCCCGCCACGCUGCUGCUGUCUGCUCGCCACGCUCAUCUCCGGGAUGACCAUGCCCUCACCCCACUUCACCAUGGUGGAGGAUGUGGGCAUGAACACAGACCCCAGCAUCAAGAUGGACCCCAUAUUUAAACAGUUUCUGCAGACCCAUCUACAGCAGCAGGCAGUGACCCAGGAGUUGGCCGAAAAAAGUCUCCAGGUCCCAAGAGCUCCUGAAACUGAGGAAAGGGCCAUCUGCCCCUUCAGUCCCCCUCAAACCCUGCCGAGAGGUCCAGCACCGCUUGACCAAGCUCACCCACGAAGAUGA